CUGCAGAAGAUCAACUUUUUGGUGUGGGCAGUUUGUAAAGUAAGAGAAAAAUGCCGCAGGGCAGCGGUUGGCUGCUGGCGGCGGCCAUCUUUACCCUGUCAGUCAACAUGGCGGCUGGGGCAGCAGGCUGGAGUCCUUGGAGCAUGUUCACUUCACCCUGCAACAAGACCUGUGGUGGUGGGAAGCAGACAAGGAUCAGGUCUUGCACGAAUCCUGCUCCAGACCCAAACAUCCCUGGGGAUGCCUGUGUGGGAGACGCCAUUGAAAUCUCUGACUGCAACACAGAGCCCUGUCAGAGUGGGUGGAGCAACUGGACUGCCUGCAGUGACAAUUGCACCUGGGGUGUGCAGCAAAGGUACACAACAUGUGGUGAUAACGCAACCAAGUGCACAGGUAUUCAGUACAAGUCAGAGUACAGGAAAUGCAUUCGGUGGAAUGAGACCAACAACUUGGAUGCUACUCCUCAGACAGCCAGCACCAGAUGCCCACACCCUUGCAUCCUGUUUAAAGUCAAAUGCCCUGACUAUGCCAUCUGUGAACAAGUCACAAACUACACUGCACCAGAAUACAAGUGUGUGUGCACACUGGGGUACACUAUGAAUAGUGCCAAGGAUGCUUGCAUUAAACCACCUCCACCAGAGCCCACACCUAGACCCAUACCAACCUUGGCUCCAUCUCAAAAGCAAAUCAAAAUGGUCAUCACCAAUACUGCAUCAACCGUCAUCUUGGUUUGCUUGUCAAUCUGCCUCAUCAUUUUCUUGUUUCUGAGGAUUUUCACAGUGGACAGAGUCAUUCAUAUGAACAUGGAAAUAGCAUUGGCUUCAGCUCAUGCCUUGCUUCUGAUACCAUCUGACCUGAUUAAGGAGGGCAUCAUGUGUAGGGUGGUGUCCAUUCUGCUGCAUUUCUUCUUCACUGCCACCUUUGCAUUCAUGUUCCUGGAAGCCCUACAUAUGUACUCUUUAGUUGCCUACAUUGUCAAGAAGGAUGGAAUGCUGAACAGAGGGCAAAACAUGCUGGUUGGUUGGGGAUUGUCUGCAUUUGUGGUCCUCAUGACCAUGUGCUUCUGCUUUGACUUGUAUGGAGGAGUUUACUUGUGCUGGAUGGACAUGGGCAGGUCAGGAAUCAUCCUUGGACAGUUUGUGCCCAAUGUUGCCCUGGUCAUUCUAACAUUCAUCCUGAUUGAGGCAGCUGGAAAUGCAGAUUCAUUUGCCAAGAUCCCUCAAGAAAGAAUACAAGUUUUCAGUGCAAGAAUCUCCCAGAGGACAAACUUGUUCAUCAUGCCAUUGGUAUUUUGCAGCUGGGUCCUAGGGAUUGUGUCUGAAUAUGAGCAGAACAUUGGACUCUAUGGAGCCUUUUCUGCCUUGAACUCAAUCAUUGGUGUCCUUAUACUGUUCUGCCAUCUAAUGGCCAAUGAAAGAGUCAGAGAGAAACUGAUGAACUGUUGUAGCUCCUUGUGUGACAAGUCAUCAAAGAGGAGAAGACGGUACAGCAAAAAUAAGCCCAAUAAGAUAUGAGAUAUGGAAAUUCUCAACAAAUCGCCUGAAAAACGGACUAAGAUUCAACCAAUUCGCACUGUUUUUUCCCUCUUCUCUUCAUCUGAAGAAUGUUUGAGAGCAUACAUGAAAGAACGUCGCCCCUGAUGAGAAUGCCUGAGAAAAUACUCACGAAAGUUUGGCAAGACGCAGCAGCAGUUUGAAAAAAAUUUUCUUUUGGGAACAUGGAGUGAUAUAUAUUAUAAAUAUAUUGUAUAUUCUAAUGUGAAUAGUUGUAUGUAACAGCAAUAAUUGUGCCUCUCACAUUAUUUUUUUAUGCUUCAGAUCAUUCCUCCUAUUAUUUGGAACUUCAGGCUUUUGUUGGUAAGAGAAUUUCAGAACAGGGACAAUUUACAAAACAGAAAAAAAUUAAUUCUCUCACCAACAGAAGAUGUGUUUUGUCUUACUCAACCCAUGAAUGGCUUGCUCAAAGUGGGAAUCUUACAAGCAUGUAUAAUCACUGCUGGAAGAGAAAGAAAUACAAGAGUGACCAUGAUUCAUUUUUUAAGAAAAUA